ACACACAGAAGAGUGUGUCAUCAUCACUAAUAAGAAAUAUAGAGGAGUUUGCAAAGAGAGCCAAGAAGAAGAACAAUGGCCACUACUACUUCCACUAAUAUUUUAGCCUUAUUGCUAAUGUUCCUAAUAGUAGUAAUAAUUCCAAAAUGUGAGUGUUCUGAUAAUUAUGGGUCUGUUCCAAAUUCUGAUGUUGAUCUGUUGGAAUUUCCUCUAAAUCUAGAGUAUUUAGAAGCAGAGUUCUUCUUGUUUGGAGCAUUGGGUUAUGGCUUAGACAAAGUUGCUCCAAACUUGAGUAAAGGUGGUCCACCACCUAUUGGUGCUAAAAAGGCCAAUUUAGAUUCUCUCACUAAGGAUAUCAUCUUACAAUUUGGGUGGCAAGAAGUUGGACACUUGAGGGCUAUUCAAAAUACAGUGAAAGGGUUCCCAAGACCAUUGUUGAAUUUGAGUUCAUCUUCAUUUGCACAAGUUAUGGAUAGUGCAUUUGGGAGAAAACUGAGGCCCCCUUUUGAUCCUUAUGCUAAUUCUAUUAACUUUCUUUUGGCAUCAUAUUUGGUUCCCUAUGUUGGACUCACUGGGUAUGUAGGUGCAAAUCCAAAACUCAAAGGUUCUACUUCCAAGAGGCUUGUGGGGGGCCUUUUAGGUGUAGAAUCAGGGCAAGAUGCUGUGAUUAGAGCAUUACUAUACGAAAGAGCAAUGACAAAAGUGAAACCAUAUGGAAUAACUGUGGCAGACUUCACAAACCGAAUUUCUGACCUAAGGAACCAACUCGGACAUGGUGGUCUCAAAGAUGAAGGCCUAGUGGUUCCCCCCUUUCAAGGAGCCGAGGGAAGAGUGGCCGGAAAUGUGCUCGCCGGAGACCGAUACUCACUCUCUUAUGGUAGGACACCUGAAGAGAUACUUAGAAUUGUAUAUGGUGGAAAUGGUGAUGAACAUGUUGUUGGUGGUUUCUAUCCUAAGGGAGCUAAUGGUCAUAUUGCUACAUCAUAUCUUACUUAAUAACUAAUAAUUUCAUCCAUGCAAAUAUUUUAUGAGUAAAUUAUUAAUAACACAAGUUCUUUGACUCUCAA